UGCACGCAAACUCAUCAUGGCCUUACAGAAAAAGUUUUCCAGCAACGAUAUGGAGCUGAUAUCGAUCAACAAAGUUAAUAAUAACGGCGGUGGUAGUGGCCCUCCAAGUGCAACCACCGACCCGAACGGGAACGGGCUGGCAAGCAUUAUGAGUGUUGGUGGCUGCGGUGGUGGCACUGGCAGUAACAACAACAGUGUGAAAAUGCCAUCGAAAAAGAUCCAGUUCAGUAAUCCCGAGUUUAGCAUUACACCGAUCGAAACGAUACCCGGAAGUACGGUACGGCCGGCACCGAGCCGUCGAAGGGAGGAAGCGAUCGUAAUGGCGAAUCUACGGAAGCGUGUGGCUGCAUGCGAUUUAAACAAAAACGUACGCAAACAGGCGGCCGGAACCAGCGCUAGUGGGAAUUUGGACGACAUCAGCAUCAACGAUACUGGCCAAACGCAGGAUGCGCUGGACAAUCGUCCCCUGCUGCCCAAAUCCACCCCAACCGAACAGCGGAAGGAGCGAUCGGGUGCGAAAGCGAACGGAUCUGAAGCAGUCGCUAGUGGUAGCGGUGGUGGUGGUGGUGAAGAAUCGCCCAAGGUAAAGAUCGUUAUGGACAAAGAGUUUAUCUUCGAGUGUCUCUGCUGGCACAAUGAGUAUCGGAUGAGGCACGGAGCACCAGCCCUGAGCGUUUCGUCCGAGCUGUGCGAGUACGCGAAACAGUGGGCCAAUCAUCUGGCAAGCACAAACGAGUUGUACUAUCAGAUCGGGACGAACUACGGGCAGAACAUCUUCUGCUGUCCGGCGAACAGUUUGCUGACGGAUCUUUCUGGACAAGAAGUAGCUACAUACUGGUACAGCACCAGCCGACGGUACGACUACUUCAAAGAGCCCCAUCUUCUCCACACGAACGUCAACACCGGCCACUUCUCGCAGAUGGUGUGGCGGGCCAGCCGCUACUUCGGCGUUAGCAAAUCCAUCUCCAAAACGGGCAAACUGUUUGUGGUUGCGUACUACUAUCCGGCCGGCAACGUGAUGGGUGAGUUCCGGCAGAACGUGCUGCCACCGAUCGUAACGAACGAUCAGGAAGGUGGACAGCAGGCAGCGCACUCUCUUUCCCGGCCAUCGUCCUCCAAGGAUCUGGAAAAUCUAAGCGCUUCCCACUGAGUAAAUAAGAAACGGUGUUCCAUAAUGUAACAGAUAACGCACUUCCUCAGCAAAGCGCUAGCCGAGUGGAUGAAGUCGGUCACGGUG